CCCAGUAGUGAGAAAUAAGAUUUAUAAUAAAAGUUGACGUAAUUAAGGCUCGCACCCCCUUUUUUGUUUUGUUUACCUUUUGAAAAUUUCAAAAACUUUUAAAAACUCUGAUUUUAAGACUUAAUGAAACAUGUUUCUCAUAGCAAACUAAGUUAAACUAGUUAAUCUUGAAUUUUAAAUUUAUUUUCCAUGAAAAAUUACAUUGUAAAGCAUCAAAAAAAUAAAGAAAAGUGAUAUUAAGCAUAACGGAUAUAAAAAAUUAAAGGCAUAUAAAGUUGAGGGCGAGAGCUAGUAACGCGAUUUUCUCAAUUCAGUUCCGUUUAACCGUUUAUUGAUUAUUCAGAGAAGAAAAAAUCAUAGUGAAAGAAAAUUAUUAUUUUAAAUCAUUCAAAUGUGUUUUUAGUGCAUAAAAAUCAUCAAAUCUUAUUAUUAACUUUGUUUUUGUAUUAAGUGUAAGUGCAAUAUGUCCGCGGCAGAUCGAGAAAUCCCAGCUGAAGAUUCAAUUAAGGUAGUUUGUCGAUUCAGGCCUCUCAAUGAUUCUGAAGAGAAAGCUGGCUCAAAAUUCAUCGUAAAGUUCCCACAAGGCUCUGAGGAGAACUGUAUAUCGAUUGGGGGCAAAGUAUAUUUGUUUGAUAGAGUAUUCAAGCCGAAUGCAACACAAGAAAAGGUGUUCAAUGAAUCCGCAAAAUCAAUUGUCGCAGACGUAUUGGCUGGAUAUAAUGGAACGAUAUUCGCGUAUGGUCAAACAUCUUCGGGUAAAACGCACACGAUGGAAGGCGUUAUUGGAGAUCCUGGGAAGCAGGGAAUCAUUCCACGUAUUGUAAAUGACAUCUUCAAUCACAUCUAUACAAUGGAAAUGAAUUUAGAAUUUCACAUUAAAGUAUCGUAUUAUGAAAUUUAUAUGGACAAAAUUAGAGACUUGCUUGAUGUCUCAAAAAUAAAUCUGAGCGUUCACGAGGAUAAGAAUCGUGUUCCAUAUGUGAAAGGUGCUACUGAGAGAUUCGUUUCAAGUCCCGAAGAAGUUUUUGAAGUAAUUGAGGAGGGAAAAUCUAAUCGGCAUAUUGCUGUAACAAACAUGAAUGAACAUUCUUCAAGAUCCCACUCCGUAUUUCUCAUCAAUGUAAAGCAAGAGAAUCUUGAGAAUCAAAAGAAACUUUCCGGGAAGCUCUAUCUUGUCGAUUUAGCUGGAAGUGAGAAAGUAUCAAAAACUGGCGCUGAAGGGACAGUCCUCGACGAAGCAAAGAACAUCAAUAAGUCAUUGUCGGCCUUGGGUAAUGUAAUUAGUGCAUUGGCUGAUGGAAAUAAAAGUCAUAUUCCUUAUCGUGAUUCCAAAUUAACGAGAAUUUUACAAGAGUCACUCGGUGGUAAUGCUCGCACGACAAUUGUCAUUUGUUGCUCACCAGCUAGCUUCAAUGAAUCAGAAACGAAAUCAACAUUAGAUUUUGGUAGACGCGCUAAGACCGUUAAGAACGUUGUUUGUGUCAAUGAGGAACUUACAGCUGAAGAAUGGAAACGUCGUUAUGAACGCGAGAAGGAGAAAAAUGGUAGACUUAAAGGAAAACUUGAGAAAUUGGAGGCUGAAUUGGCAAGAUGGCGUGCAGGAGAAAGAGUUGAUCUUAAUGAACAAUUUAAUAUGGCAGAUCCAAUGGAAGCAAGUACACCAAAUGUUGAAGUUGAGGUUGCAGUUCGUGAAGGUCCAGUUCCAGCUACACCAAGUGGAUUGGCAUUAAUUGGAUCAAUCUCGAAUGAUGAACGUGCACGCCUUGAAGCUGAACGUGAAACAUUAUAUCAGCAAUUGGACGAAAAGGAUGAGGAAAUUAAUCAACAAUCACAAUAUGUUGAGAAGCUUAAAGAGCAAAUUAUGGAUCAAGAAGAACUGAUUAGUAAUUCACGUCGUGAUUAUGAGAAUUUGCAGUCUGAAAUGACGCGCAUUCAACAAGAAAACGAGAGUGCAAAGGAGGAAGUUAAGGAAGUUCUUCAAGCAUUAGAAGAAUUGGCUGUUAACUAUGAUCAGAAAUCGCAAGAAAUCGAUAAUAAAAAUAAAGAAUUGGAGCAGGUUAAUGAUGAGUUCCAACAAAAGCAAUCUAUGCUGAAUACGACAACAACAGAACUCCAACAAUUAAAGGACAUGUCUAAUCAUCAAAAGAAACGAAUUAUCGAUUUAUUGGGUAAUCUUUUGCGUGAAUUAUCGGAAGUCGGUCAAGCUCUUAAUACAGAAACGUCAACAGAAUUGAAAAUUAAUUCCGACGCAAAUAUCAAUAAGAUUGAAGAAGAGUUUACAGUUGCACGUCUAUACAUCAGCAAAAUGAAAUCGGAAGCAAAGAACAUCACACAGCGUUGCAGUAAUUUGGAGACGCAACAGCAAGCAACAACAAAGAAGAUUAAUGAAAGUGAGAAAGAGUUAAGCGAUUGUCGACUUUUGAUCUCGCAACAUGAGGCUCGUAUGAAGUCACUCCAAGAGUCAAUGCGUGAAUUAGAGAAUAAGAAGCGCUCAUUAGAGGAGAAUAUUGAUUCAUUGCAUGAGGAAUGUGCGAAAUUAAAGGCAGCUGAGAAAUUGACAUCUUUAAAUGUCGAAGAGAAACAGAAAGCAGAACAGCUGCGCGUUGAGUUUGUCGAACAGAUGGAUCAAUUACGCGAUGCUCAUACUAAGCAAGUUGCAGAUUUGAGAGACGAAAUAGGCGCGAAACAAGAGCAAAUCAAUGAGUUGAGAGACACGACCCAAAAGCUCACGUUGGAGAACCAGCAAAUGUCGAACGAACACGAGAAGUUGAAGCAGGAAGAGGCCGACAAAUCAGCUCGUUUACAGGAACUCAUUGUAACAAACGAGAGACGCGAACAGGCCCGCAAAGAUUUGAAAGGAUUGGAAGAUACAGUCUCAAAGGAGCUCCAAACUUUACACAAUUUACGCAAAUUGUUCGUACAAGAUUUGCAAGCUCGCAUCAAGAAGUCUAUUAAUUCAGAAGAUAGUGAAGACGACGGCGGUUCCUUAGCUCAAAAACAAAAGAUUUCAUUCUUAGAGAAUAAUUUGGAGCAAUUGACGAAAGUUCAUAAACAAUUGGUUCGUGACAAUGCAGAUUUACGUUGUGAAUUACCAAAAUUAGAGAAGCGACUCCGAACGACAAUGGAGCGUGUAAAAGCACUCGAGACAGCAUUGAAGGAGGCUAAGGAAGGUGCAAUGCGUGAUCGUAAGAGAUAUCAAUAUGAAGUUGAUCGAAUUAAGGAAGCUGUUCGUCAGAAGAACUUGGCUCGUCGAGGACCUCAGGCACAAAUUGCUAAACCAAUUCGUGCUGGACAUGCACCAAUUCCUCAGGGAAUCAGAGGAGGUAUGCCACAACCUGGACAGAAAAUCAUCACAGAUAAUCUGAAAAAGAAAGAACUCGAACAAAGUUGAAUGAAUUAAAUCACCGUAUAUAUAUAUUUAUUAACAAGAUAGUAACAGCAAAGCAGUGAGGCAGUGCGUAAUGGAAAAAAAAAAACAUAAAAAACGAUGAAAAAAAUAUAAUAUUUUUACUAUAUGAACUUGCUAACUUUAUUGGGGCAUUAGAAUGUUUUUAGGACUUGAUCAUCAAAACGAUGAUUAUUCAUUCAGUUAAUUUAUUGCUUCUUGUAGAAACUGUUAUAACAUCUCUUUUUAAAAGAAUAUGCUAAAGACAAUUUAGCUUUUACUUGUAAUUCUCUUGAAGAAUCAAAAUUAUAAAUAUUCAUCCUCUACUACUAUUUUUGCUUACCUAUUGUAAUUUUAGAUAAAGUGAAAAACGAAAAUUUUGAAGAUGAUUCUCUAAACAAGAAAGAAGAAUUAACAUUCAUGUUCAUUACUAUAAAAGAAAUAUUCUUAAAGUUUUAGGUUCAAUAUGACUAUAAUUAAAACUACAAACAAAAAUUGUAAAUGUGCAUUACAGACAUUAAAUAGUAUAUUUUAUACAUUCACAAAUAUUUUUUAUUAAUUAACAGACUACAAAGAAUCAAUAUUAGAAGAAAUAGAGGAAGGAAAAGUUACUUAAAGUCGAUUUUCAAUAGCUUCACUGCAAUUUUAUACUUCCUAGCUUAACUCCCUUUUCGUCAUCCAGUGAAAAUGUUUGCAUUAAUUCUAUUUGUUUGGGAGUUGAUUGGAUGUUAACUGAGUCUGUAAGGCUUUUAGUGGUCUAAUUGUCACUUCAUUGACUCAGCUGUACACCUUUAAAUUCCACAAUCAACAUCAGCUCCUAAAAUUCAAACAUAUGAUGAAUGCUUUUAAUGACAGAAAAUUUUAGAAGGAACUUCUUUCUCCAUUAAAUUACUAAGAUUUAAUAACACACACAACAAAAAAAAUAACAAACACAAUUAAUUAUGCUUUAUUUGUGAUAAUAUGAAAGAUAAAUGAAACAUUUCACAGCAAAAAAAAGGAUAUGUAUGCUUGGAAAAUGAUAAAUCAUGCUUAUUUGUCUCUCAUAAGGAAUAAAAUAAAUGAAAAAAAAGUUAAAUACAUAAAUGCAUAUGUGCAUUGAUAGUGAAAUCAGAUGUUCCAGCGCUAAAAAUUCAAUUUAAAGGAAAUUUUAAUGGCUUGCCAAAAAAAAAAGUAAAUAAAUGAAGUGUGUUUCGAGGAAUUUAUGGCGCUAAUAAUUAAUAUUAUUUAUCAUUAAAUCAGUCCAGUUAAUUAUUUUUGGUUUUAUAAUAAUUAAAGUAACACAUUAUACAACAAAAAAGAUGAAUUUUUGAAUUCUUUUAUACAAUUAAGUAGUUUUUAUAAUUCAUUUUCAUAGAUAUUAUUAAAAAUUUUAUCUUUUCCCACUUAGUUUAAUUACAUUUUCAUUUUUUAUAGUCCCCCCCUUCCCCUAUUUUUUUUAAUUGUGCACCUCUCGAAAUGGCAUGAUGAAGUAGAUUUUAUGAGCACAAUAUGCAAAGAAUGAAGCAGUUUAUGCAUACCAUUUACUGGGUAUUUGAAAAAAAAAUUAAAUAAUGAAAAAUAACAAUGAAAGAAAAAUAUGAAUGGUAAAGAAUGUUCGCAAAAUUCAUGAUUUGAAUUGAUAAUAAAAAGUGAAUUAAUUUUUAAUCUAGU